CUCUUGCUGCGCCUCCGCCAUGGCCAGCCCUGCGCUGAGAGGCCGGUGGCGGCGUCGGCAGCACGCCGGGGCUGCUCCGAGGCGCCUGCUCUGAACAAGACCUGCCCCGAAAUGUUCCCUCUGGCACCCCCGGGAUGAAGCUGAAGAAGCAGGUGACGGUGUGUGGGGCAGCCAUCUUCUGUGUGGCUGUCUUCUCCCUCUAUCUGAUGCUGGACAGGGUCCAGCAUGAUCCUGCUCGGCACCAGAAUGGGGCCAAUUUCCCCAGGAGCCAGAUCUCGGUGUUGCAGAACCGGAUUGAACAGCUGGAGCAGCUCCUGGAGGAGAACCAUGAAAUCAUCAGCCACAUCAAGGACUCUGUGCUGGAGCUGACGGCCAACGCGGAGGGCCAGCCGGUGGUGCUGCCUUUCCACAUGCCCAAUGGCUCCUGGGUCCUGCCUCCCGAGAGCCGGCCCAGCUUCUACUCCAUCUCCUCUCAGGAUUGUCAGUUUGCAUUGAAAAGCAACAGCCAUAAGGAAGACCUGCAGAUGUUGGCUGUGUCUGCGUUGCUCCCCUAUGACAACCAGGAUGGCGGGGUGUGGAAGCAAGGAUUUGAUAUCACUUAUGAGCCACACGAAUGGGACGCCGAACCACUGCAAGUGUUUGUGGUGCCACAUUCCCACAACGACCCAGGCUGGAUCAAGACAUUUGACAAGUACUACUUCGACCAGACACAGCACAUCCUCAACAGCAUGGUGGUGAAGCUGCAGGAAGAUCCUCGACGACGCUUCAUCUGGUCCGAAAUCUCCUUCUUCUCUAAAUGGUGGGACAACAUCAGUGCCCAGAAACGAGCUGCUGUCCGCAGGCUUGUAGGCAAUGGGCAGCUAGAAAUGGCAACUGGCGGGUGGGUGAUGCCAGAUGAAGCCAAUUCCCACUACUUUGCCAUGAUCGACCAGCUCAUUGAGGGUCACCAAUGGCUGGAGAAGAACAUUGGGGUGACACCGCGUUCUGGCUGGGCAGUGGACCCCUUUGGCCACAGCUCCACCAUGCCUUACCUGCUGCGUCGUGCCAAUCUGACCAGCAUGCUCAUCCAGCGGGUCCACUACGCCAUCAAGAAGCAUUUUGCAGCAACCCAGAAUCUGGAGUUCAUGUGGCGGCAGAGUUGGGAUCCUGACUCCAGCACCGACAUCCUGUGCCACAUGAUGCCCUUCUACAGCUACGACGUGCCCCACACCUGCGGCCCCGACCCCAAGAUCUGCUGCCAGUUCGACUUCAAACGUUUGCCUGGGGGGCGCAUCAACUGCCCCUGGAAAGUGCCCCCCAAGGCCAUCACCAGUGCCAAUGUGGCUGAGCGGGCACAGCUCCUGCUUGACCAGUACCGCAAGAAGUCCAAGCUGUACCGCAGCAAAGUGCUCCUGGUGCCGCUGGGGGACGAUUUCCGCUACGACAAGCCCCAGGAGUGGGAUGCCCAGUUCCUCAACUAUCAGCGUCUCUUUGACUUCCUCAAUGCCCACCCGGAUCUCCAUGUGCAGGCACAGUUUGGGACCCUCUCGGAUUACUUUGACGCCUUGUACAAGCAAGUGGGCAUCGUCCCUGGAAUGCGCCCACCCGGCUUCCCUGUGGUCAGCGGGGACUUCUUCUCCUACGCGGACCGAGAGGACCACUACUGGACUGGCUACUACACCUCCCGGCCCUUCUACAAGAGCAUGGGCAGGGUGCUGGAGGCUCAUCUCCGCGGUGCUGAGAUCUUGUACAGCCUGGCACUCAGCCAUGCCCGCCACGCCGGCAUGGACAGCAAGUACCCACUCUCAGACUACGCCAUGCUGACGGACGCACGGCGCAACCUGGGCCUCUUCCAGCACCACGAUGCCAUCACUGGCACUGCCAAGGAGGCAGUGGUAGUGGACUAUGGGGUCAGGCUGCUCCACUCGCUAAUGAACCUCAAGCGAGUCAUCAUCAACGCUGCCCAUUACCUGGUCUUGGCAGAUAAGGAGGCCUACCAUUAUGACCUGGCGGUGCCCUUCCUUGGCGCAGAUGAGGCCCGCCUCAAUCAAGACUCCCUGCCAGAGAAAACCAUCAUCAAGCUGGAUGCAACACCCAGGUUCGUGGUAGUGUUUAACCCCCUGGAGCAGGAGCGGCUGAGCAUUGUGUCCCUGCUGGUGAACACGCCUCGUAUCCGGGUCCUCAACGAGGAGGGGCAGCCCCUAGCAGUGCAGCUCAGUGCCCAGUGGACCUCUGCCACAGACAUGGCACCAGAUGUCUACCAGGUGUCCAUCACCAUGCGCCUGCCGGCCCUGGGCCUCAGCAUCCUGCAGCUGAGCAAGUCCUUUGACAGCCACAACACGCUGAAGUCCUCGGUGCGCCUCUUCCUGCACGGGCGCGACCUCCCCGUACACAAGCACGAGGCCUUCCCGGUGCGGGUCAUCCCUACGGCCACGGAGGACUUCUGCCUGGAGAACCAGCACAUGAGGGCCUGCUUCUCUGGGGGCAGUGGGUCCAUCAAGAGUGUGCACCGGGCAGGCGAUGCCCAGGAGCAGAAGCUGAGCAGCCAGUUCCUCAUCUAUGGGACCCGGAGCACCAAAGACAAAAGCGGUGCCUACCUCUUCCUGCCUGACGGAGAAGCCAAGCCCUAUGUCCCCAAGGACCCCCCGGUGGUGCGGGUGACGGAGGGACCCUUUUUCUCGGAGGUGGCUGUUUACUACCAGCACAUCCAGGAGGUGGUCCGGCUGUACAACGUGCCAGGGGUCGACGGCCUGUCCCUAGAGAUCUCCUGCCUGGUGGACAUCCGAGACCACAUCAACAAGGAGCUGGCCCUGCGAUUUAGCACAGAUAUUGAGAGCAAAGGCACUUUCUUCACUGACUUGAACGGCUUUCAGAUCCAGCCCCGCCAGUACCUGAAGAAGCUGCCUCUCCAGGCCAACUUCUACCCAAUGCCGGUCAUGGCCUACAUCCAAGAUGCGCGGAGCCGCCUGACACUGCACACGGCCCAAGCCUUGGGCGUCUCCAGCCUCAGCAGUGGCCAGCUGGAGGUGAUUCUGGACCGGCGCCUCAUGCAGGAUGACAACCGUGGCCUCGGGCAAGGCCUGAAGGACAACAAGCGGACCUGCAACCGCUUCCGCCUCCUCCUGGAGCAACACAGCGCAGCAAGAAAGGCGGAGGCCGGCCAGGCAACGAGUUUCCCGUCUCUGCUCAGCCACCUGACCUCCAUGCAGCUGAAUGCUGAGGUGCUGGUGAUGCCUGUUGCCCAGGAGAAGCCACCGCCCCCCACCCUGAGGCCCUUCCUGCCCCUCUCGGUCCCCCUGCCUUGUGACUUCCAUCUUCUCAACCUGCGCACCCUACAAGGAGAGGAUGAUUCACUGCCCUCCACUGAGACGGCUCUGAUCCUGCACCGAAAGGGCUUUGACUGUGGCCUGGAGGCCAGAAACUUGGGAUUCAACUGCACCACCACCCAUGGCACACUAUCCCUGGGCGGCCUCUUCCAGGGCCUUGAACUGGCCUCCCUGCAGCCCUCCUCCUUGACGCUUAUGUACCCGCUGGCCACGACCUCCCCCAACAGCACCUCUGUCCACCUGGACCCCAUGGAGAUUGCCACUUUCCGCCUCCGACUCGGAUAAGACUCCUCGCUGGCCCAGACUGGAUUUCAUUGGCCAGUCAGGCAUUGGACUGGACGUUAGCACUUCCCCCACUGAUGUCCAGGCCAGACAGGACGUGGCCCAGCACCAGGAGACUGCCAGGAUCCAGAGACUCAUUAUUUAUUUGUCUGCUCCUAAAAGACAGUAUGGCACCAAAGGCCCGGCCAGACCAGGCUGGCCUGGCAUGGUGACGCCUCCUGUGCAAAGGCUUCACAACACCCCUUGCAGUUGGAUGCUAGAUGCUGGAGGUGACUGGCUGUGCUGUCAGGACAGGACGCUGUGGCAACAGGUGCAGCGGCAAAGAUCUUGGCUCUGUCCCGCCCUCUCAGCUUUCAGGAAAGGAGAUCUCUAGGUCCGCACCCUGGGAGGCUCUGUUUCACAGCUCCUUCAAGAGGGAGGCAGACUUAAUGUAGCAAACACUGGAAGGAUGUUACAACUUGUGAGCUUCCUGGAGUUCAGAACAAGUUUUUAGGAAACAGAAACAAAAUAAAAUGUUUUUUUUAA